AUGAAUCCGUACUACAAUACUAUUACGGACAAGUGUAUGAAAAUCAGUUUUGAUUUGAUUGUCGAAGCUCAUAUCAGUCUUCGGCUAACAGAAGAUGUAGAUGUAAGCAUCAUAGAAAGUGAUAAGGCAGUAGAAAUGGGUAGAAAAGCCAGCGCUUUUCUUCGGGGAGUAUGCAACAUUCAAAUACUUUUCGUAUCUACCGAAGCACUUGAGAUUAAGAAAGCAAACAGCCUAGAGCCAGUGGCUGAGCUAUGUAGAGACGCACUUACGAUCUGGAAUGAAGAAACACCUGUGUUCAAAAAACUGAUUCAGUUAGCGAUCAAAAGUAAUUUGGAAGUAGGAUGGGAAGCAUUGCUAGGUGUACUCAUGAAUUGUCCAAAACUACAAAUCCUUGUUAUAAAGGGUCUUUACCACAGACAUCACGAUGGAUGUGGAAAUGAACGUCUUGAAAAUAUUCAUUUUUUCCUUUCGUCUUCUCCAGUGAAAAUGUUUAAGAUAUUUAUUAGGUGUCGACACAUUUGUGACAACAGAAAGAUGGACAUAGUCCAGAUUAGGCACUUCUUGGAGAAAAUGCCGGCUCUUGAAAAGUUGAUAGUAUACUACCAUACAUCACUUGACACUGAUGCUUUUAAUUUAUUCAAGAGGCUUCAGGAGACUCCAAAAGUAGCUUCACCAAAGUGCAAGAUCCAAGUGAUCUCUCGCAAUCUUUAUUUGUCAUCUACUUUGCCUUGA